AUGCCGUCCACUGACUUGAGACAACUUGCGAAGCAAGAACGCCAGACAAGAGCAUAUUUGAAGAAUGUUGAAGAGUUCCUAUCCAACUACCAGGAGGAACGAGAUAGAGAUUCGGUUGAAUUCAGAAUUAAAAGAUUAGAUGAAAUCUUUGAGAAGUUUUGUGAUGUGAGGUUACAAAUUGAACUACUCACCGAUGACCACGUUGCUGAAAAGGCAAUGGAUGAUGAUGAGCAGUCCAAUGCAUUAUUAGAUGAGACUCAAUUGAAGAACGCUAGAAUUUACAGGGAGUUUGAAAAUCAAUAUAUUCAUUUGAAGAAGGCGCUCAGUAAAAAAUGUGAAUCGCAAAGGGCGACAACUUCUGCUCAGCACACAGCAGCUAUUGAAGUUACACAGCAGUCUCGAACGAAAUAUCCGGAACUUAGACUCCCCACAUUUUCUGGAAAACUUUCAGAGUGGAUUAAUUUUCGAGAUACCUUUAAGUCACUCAUUCACGAUAGCCAUCAAUUGAAUGCGAUGGAUAAAUUCAACUAUCUGCGAGCAUCGUUAAAGGAUGAAGCAUUAUUUCAAAUAAAUCAAGUACAAGUUAUAGCUGCAAAUUAUACUCUUGCCUGGAGCAUUCUCGAGACGAAAUACGAGAAUCACAAAUUGAUUGCACAGGAACAUUUGAGGGCACUAUUUAAUGUCUCUCCAAUGAGGUGUGAGAGUUUUCAGGGAUUGAACACUCUAACGACUACAUUUAAAAUUCAUCUUCAACAAUUGGAGAAGUUGGGCGAAAGAACGGAAAAUUGGAGCACGCUUUUAGCGUUCAUGCUAUCGCAAAAAUUGGAUGACGAUACUUUCCGCCAUUGGGAAACGCACUACAACUCGAAAAAUAUACCCAGCUACAAUGCGAUGAUAGAAUUUUUGGACAACCAUUGA